AGACUGGGGACAUCGUCUCCUUUUUACACCACAACGUCCACGCGUGUGCCCACAGCGAGAGGAUGCAUCGCAAACUUUGGUCAAGCGGACAAACAAGUGUCGUUCGUCAGUGCGCAUGCGCGUCGCUCUGUUGCUACUCAGUUGUUGUAGUUACCAGGAAGAUUAACCGCGAUGAUCAAGUGUCCCUGGUGACACUCAGCUAGCUAGCUGUUAGCACGCUCCACUCAAACAAAGGGCAAGUUCGCUUUGGUGUUUGUCACUAAAACGUGUAUUUAACAGUCAUUGGACUAAGCGGACUUUAGCUCGAUAGCUUCCCCUAUUUAUUGUAGCGUGUCAGAAACCGUUGUCUUUAUUUAGCUGCCGAUUGUUGGACAGUCUCCGUGGGUUUAGUCUUUACGUCUCGUGUCUGGUGUGAGGUUAAAGAAGACAAUUUCACUGUAGAGACAGAAAUCAGCUGUCCCCAGCUAACUGUGCGCUAACUGCUGUAGGACCGCAGCGGUGUGACAGGUUUCACCGGCGAACCGUAAUAACGUGGUUGUUAUUGUAAUAUGUCUUCCAUUGAGGGGGCUGAUGUUUAUACGAGCUGACACGUUCACUGGCUGCUGUGUUUUAUUUGCAGCUGGAGGGUUGAGAGGCCAUGCGUGAAGCUGGACGCCUGAUCCCUGCCAGAUUCCACCGGGCAGCUCGUCCCCUUCUCCCCCCGGGAAGAUGCCAGCUGUGAUCCGGGAUAAAGAGGACUCCGAAUCCUCUUCGGAUGAAGACAAGCAUGAUGACCAGCCUUGCAUCGCGUGGUGCGGCCUGAGCAAGACCAUCCCAGUUCUCUUGUUUGUCCCUGAAGCUGUAGUUUCAACAGAUGGAACUAUCUGCUCUGUCGGAGAGCGGUACAACUUGGCCUUCAAGAUCGUGCGCACCGAGAGCCGUCUGGUGCGUGGACUCCUCGCCAACCAUGGAUUCCGUGAGGUUCACCAAAACUGCAAUGAAUUUAACCUCAUGUGGACAGGGUCUCACCUCAAGCCUUACCUACUCCGCAGCCUUCAAGACUUCCAGAAGGUCAACCACUUUCCCAGGUCAUACGAAUUGACGCGAAAAGACCGUCUCUAUAAAAACAUCCAGCGGAUGCAGCAGACCCACGGCUUCAAGAACUUCCACAUCGUUCCUCAGACCUUUGUGCUUCCCUCAGAGUACCAGGAGUUCUGCAAUUGUUUUGCCAAGGACAAGGGCCCAUGGAUUAUUAAACCAGUAGCCUCUUCAAGAGGGCGGGGCAUCUACCUGGUCAGCAAUCCAAAUCAAAUCUCCAUGGAUGAAAACAUCUUGGUGUCUCGCUAUAUUAACAACACGCUGCUGAUAGAUGAGUUCAAGUUUGACGUUCGGUUAUACGUGUUGGUGACAUCAUACGAUCCACUCAUCAUCUAUGUGUAUGAGGAAGGCCUGGCGAGGUUUGCCACAGUGAAGUAUGACCGGACUUCAAAGAACAUUAAGAACACGUUCAUGCAUCUCACUAACUACAGUGUGAACAAAAAGAGCAGCGAUUAUGUCAGUUGCGAUGACCCUGAAGUUGAGGAUUAUGGGAACAAGUGGAGUAUGAGUGCAGUGUUGAGGUAUUUGAGGCAGGAGGGGAAGGACACCACAUUGCUGAUGAAACAGGUGGAGGACCUCAUCAUCAAAGCUGUUGUGAGUGCUGAGCUACACAUAGCCAACGCCUGCAAGACGUUUGUUCCCCACAAGUUCAACUGCUUCGAGCUGUAUGGUUUUGAUGUGCUCAUUGACUCCAACCUCAAACCCUGGUUGUUAGAGGUGAACCUCUCUCCCUCCCUGGCCUGUGAUGCGCCCUUGGAUCUGAAGAUAAAGGCCAGCAUGGUUGCAGACAUGUUUUCACUUGUGGGCUUUGCGUGUCAGGACCCUCUGACGAAACAGCCACGCUCUGACCGAGUCGCCCUGGACCCCAGCCUCAAACACCCAGCAGCCCCCAGAGCGCAGCGACAGAAGCCGGCGUCAGCUAGUGCCUCUGAAACAGAGGGGUCAAAAGAGAAGCAAGCAGCUAAACAGGGUCAAGGAGAAAGCACUUUGAGCUUAACUGCUGAGGAGAUGAAAGUCCUUAGGAGGAUAAAGGAGGAGUACGAGAGACGAGGAGGUUUCAUCAGGAUCUUUCCCACCGCAGAAACCUGGGAGCUCUACAGUGGAUAUCUGGAGUCCAAGACUUCAAUGAACUAUAUGCUGGCGAACAGACUUUUCCAUGGAAGGAAUGUGAAUGGGAAUGUGCAGCUGCAGGUGGACGCCGUCCAUCGCUGUCACGCAGUCCAGUAUGAGAGGAAGUUGCUGUCUCUGGAGGCCCGUAAGAGGAGACAGCGCCACCUGACUCAUCGCUCUGCUGCGGGGAAGAAAAAAACGGGGAAGGAAUCCAAGGCCUCCCCGGCCGAGAGCAGCAGUUGGGGGGGAGAGGACUGCGCUCGGGAGCAAAGAGAGGAGGUGAAGCAAGUUCUCGAGCCAGUCUCACACAAGGCUUUGGUAGCAGAGCAAAGAAAACAAAUGGCCGCACCACUGGAGCGCUGCCACAGUGAGGCUCUGUCCAGCUCGGAGGCAGCCCCACACAAUGCCAGGCCCAGAGUCAACCUGCUCAACAUCCUUCAGCAGGGGUGGGACCUCAGUAAAGUGCAGGCCAGGGUGGCCUUCUCCUCAUACCUGCAGCGAGUCCAGCUCAGACUGUUAGCAGAGAGCCGAACCAACUCCGUCCCAGCUUGGCCAGACAAGGACAGCGACCAAAUGGAGCUGGUGAUUCGCUUCCUGAGAAGAGCAGCCAGUAACCUUCAACAAGACAUUAAGGUGGUAUUGCCCAGUCGCCAGUUACCCCUCAAAGACCGCAGACGCAUCCUGUCCCACCAGUUGGGAGAGUUUAUCUACUGUUACAACAAGGAAACUGAUCACAUGGUGAAAAAACAGGAGAGGAGCAAAGAGGAGCAUUGUGUUAACCCCAGUGUUUUUCGCGAGUACAUCACUGCUGCAAGUGAAAACGAUCUGGAGGAAGUACUGACAUUCUACACACAGAAAAAUAAAUCAGCCAACGUCUUCCUAGGAACAAAAGUCAGGAGUGUUAAGAAAGACGUUCGUGAAAUAAACGCCUCGGGAGAUUCUGGCAACUGUGAGAAUUCCAAAACUCCUUCUGUGGCCAAAGAGGAUUCCAGUUCUUCAGAGUCCUCGCUCUCCACGGGGAAAGUCAGCGGUGACCCAGACAUCAAGGGCGCUGAGAGUCAACCUUCUGUACGGGCGCUGUCUGGAGAACAACAGGCAGCGGUUGGAGCCAGUAAAGCCCAGCCAGAUGUCCAGGCAUCUCAGCACUACUCCGGCUUUCCUGUGACUUUAGACUGCACACAUGUGCAGCGCUGCUCUCCUGCACCGGCUUCCCUCCCUCUUCACUGUCCGCCACCACCACCACCACCCGGACCACAGCCGCCGUCCUACGCACAGAGCUUGGCAAAGUCUCAGUUCUGUCAUCCUGAGACUCUUUCCAACCUUCCUGCGUACAACUCUGUCCCUAUGGUCACGCAACCCCCGAGAGUGACAUGGACGGCUGUCCCCGCGGGCUCUAACACAGUCUCAACCACGCAACCAUCCCAGGAGCUCAGGAGGAUUCAGGCCUUCGCCACAUCCACAUCCGGUUCUGGGGCAGCCUCAUCCAUCCAGAGUGCCACGCACAUCUAUAGCCAGAAGCUCUCAAGACCCACGUCUGCAGGCCAAGUCAACAGGAGGAUCAGCUCCAGCAAGCUUAAGUCCAACUCAGUGGGGGCCUUGAAGGAUUUAAACUCGCUCUCUGCCCAGGCCCAGUCCAACCAGCAGGCCUUCAUUUCAGCCCUGCAAAAGCUGGCGGAUAAGCAGGUUGCUCGCCACUAUGCCAGCUCCGGUCACAUCAACCUGCUCACACAACACCUGACCAAUCUGAACCUGGCCAACAGGAUGCCGAGCAAAGAGAGCUGCACUCUGAACCCUAAAGGACGGCACACUGCUGCAGCAACACAAGGCCCAGUGAGAGCCGCUCCCUCGGGAACAGAUCUACUUCGCAGCUCUGGCCACAGGCUCCUGAAGGAAGAUGAGGGUCUUCGGGAAGGGCCGAUGCAGAGUGCCUACAGCCUGGUGACGGGGGGGAAACCCCUCCAGCGCUACCAACCCACCCAGGGAAGCUACCAGCUUCAGUUUGCCAUCCAGCAGCUACAACAGCAGAAACUCCAGUCUCGACAGUUCCUGGACCAGAGCCAGUACAGACAUCAGGCUUCUUUUCCAGACCAGACGGGCGCUCCACUCACCCAGACUCCGGCAAGUUCAUCCAGCUGUCUCCCAUCCAGCUUUCACGUUUGGCCCAAUCACAGCCAUGUCCACGGCCACGUCCCGACCGUUCUCGCCCCAAAGCCGCCCAGCAGUGCUCGAGAGGGACAGAUCAGGAAAACGGCAACAAAACGCCUCAUCAAGCAGACGUCCUCGGAGAGUUUAGCCAGCGGAACCGUGACCAGCGGCCAGCACAUGGUCUACGAAGCCAUCUGCGGUAAAACAGGUCUGUCUGCGUACCGCAAGCUGCUCCAGGGCGAGGAGCCAAGUCGCAGAUGACACGAAAGCGACCAGGGGCACGUCCUGCCGCUCUGCCGGCCUGACAGGUGCCUCUGCAUGUAACUACAUCCUCGCCAGAGGUGUAUUCUGGGAGAGGACAACAGCAACAGAUGAAAGCAUGCCAGACAUCGAACAGGGUCCUAUUAAUUUCUCGGUGAUACAGCCACAGAAAUGCGAGCGGGCAGGCUGCCAGGCCAGGACUUCCCAGCUUUGACGCAGGUUGGAUUGUUAUUGCGCAGCAUAACAUCAGAUGGCCUUUUCCACACUCGCACCCCCGCCCCCUCCUAUCGCCCCCAUUGGCUGCAUUUAGUCAAUAUCCCAACAGUUGACCGCCCUCAUUCCCUCCAUGCUACUGAGGCCUCAGAACGAUUUCAUUGACAGAGAAAUGUCAGCAGAUGGUUCUUUGAGCCCUUUUGGUAUUUUGACAACAGGAGUCGACGUUUCAUUUUUUGCUCAUUCAGUGCACCGCGAGUCAUUCAAGAAGACAUUUCUCCUCCUAAAAUGUAAUUCACACAGCUGAGAUGGGGGUUUUGGUUAUAAAUGUUUUUUGGGGAAGUAGCAUAAGGAUCGCAUCUCAUCUUGCUGCCAUUACUGGUGAGCCGACAGAGAAGCCGCUUUCAUUUGUGGCUUCUGGUCAUACGCCCUCCAACUGCCCGUCCUUGUUGGAAGGGUUGCCAAAUCAGAUUCUGUGGCCAUUGCCGAGGGAUGUGUCGAAGUCGAGCAUCCUUUGCCCGUAGGCUUUAAAGGGAAAUUACGAUUGUUAGAGCUCAAACACAAUUGCUCCCUGCCUUGCUCCGUGUUUACCAGCAUGAUGUAGGGGUUUAUGUUUUAUAUCGAGGAAUAGUGUGAGCUUGUGAUUGUCCCUGUAAACUGUGGAUGAUGUCGUUUUCCUUGGAUGGACCAAAUUUAAUAUGAUUGGAUAAUAAGUAAAUUAUUGUUAUUGCAUCAGUUUGUAUUUAUUGUACAUUGUCUAUCAACAGGUCGUCUCGGACAUUUCUUUAGCUUAAAGCAUAACAUGGACAGGAAUCAUGGUUAUGCACAGCCUUGCUUAAGAUGAAGGUUAAUGCUGCACCAGCAGAUAUGUUGUGUUUUCAUGGGGAGUUCACUCAGGGCAUGUAAACAGAAUAAUACAUCUCUGUUAUAUAUCAAUAGAUUGAAGUUUAUGAUGACCUCAGAAAUACUUGAAUUCCAUGCAUGUAUUUGUUAUAUCAACUGAUGACUAUCAUCAGAGUGGUUUUGCACAGUUUGUAGUUUUCAAUGCAGCCGAACUGGUUUUUAUUAGACUUAAUGGUAUUGGAUUUUUUUGUAGUGAUUGAUGUGAAACUUGAUGUUGUGGAUUUUCUACCAUCGCACGCUGUAUUACAAGAAUCCAACAUUAGAAUCCAAAGUGUGUAAUCUGUGGUGAUACAAGAUUGUUUAACAGUCUGAUAUUUGUAUCUGUUUUGUUCUUGAUUGUUUACAAUUCUUUACAUGUGCAUGGAAAUGUGAUAUUUUUGUUGGUUUUAGCAGUAUGUAGCAAGAGAUAUAAACUAUGUUUACAUGGACACCAAUGAUCACAUUAUUGACCUUAUUUCAAUUAUUUACAAAAUGCUGUGAAGACUCCAACAUAAUGUGACUAAGGUCAGAACACUGAGGUCAAGGUAAUCAGAAAAUGUUUUUAAUUGACUGCAUCUUAAUCAAGUUCAUUUUCGAGAAUUUGUGUCCACGAAAACAUUGUUAUUGACAUGAAAACCCAGAAAACGUUGAAACAUUCUGAUCAUGUCAGUAAAUGUAUUUGUUCACGGAAUGUACUGUACACUGGAAGUUGUCAAUCACUGGACAGGUUGUGUCUAAAUUUACUCUACUACCCUUUAAAAUCAAGUUCUCCAAAUAAAACAUCAAAACUCAACAAUAAACAAAUAUAUAACGAUUCUAUCCAACUGUUCAUUUUUAAUUAAAAAAAAGUGUUUCCAAGAGUAAUAAGAAAAACAUUUACAAUUUGUGAUUUAGUUAGGUGUUCACUUAGUGACGUACAUUGUCUCAUACAACAGAAAGGCUUCACUUAAAAACAAAACAAUCCCUGGAAUCUCCAUCCUGUUGCAUUACAGAGGUAAACAUAACCGUGGAAAAAGUACUUUGAAAUAAAGGUUGGUUUCCAGCAUGUAUUUUUAUUAAUUAUUUUACCUCCAGAGAUCAUUUUCAUUGAACAGCAUUUAAUCCUAAAUGAACAGUGUCGGGAGAUGUGGCUUGCAUCCGCGUCAGUUUCCAGCUUGGACAUUCGAAGUUGUCCUGUGAGUCAGGGCCCAGGGAUCUGUUUGCUCUCAGCCAGCCAUCGUUAUUUGAUUUUUUUAUUUUACCCUCUUUGACUUGCUCCUGUCGUGUUGAGUUCAGUCUGCAUUCUCAGUCAUUUUUUUUCUACUGCUAUUAUUUGAUGUCCUUGAGAAUGCAGAAUCAAUUACUGUUCCUCUGUUGUGAAUGUCACGUAACACUGAGGUAAAGGCUGUUCAAAAUGCUGGAAUACGAAAAAAGGAAAAGAAAAAACAUGACAAACGCUGAUGUCGAAAGGCGAUUGUUGAAGGUCAGUAAGAGGUCUGAUGGGUUGGAGAGCGCUGUUAGUGAAGUGGUGUUUGACGAAGUCUUUUAGGUAAAUGCUGCCAAUGAUUGCGAGCAGAGUGGCGGACUGCGUCUUUGUUUUUUUCGUGAAAGAGCUCAGGGCAAAAGCUGAAGCAGAGGG